AUGCCUCUUCUGCAGCCAACAAUCCCGCCGCUCCCUGCGACACUUUCCUUCACCGGAAAGACGGUCAUCGUCACUGGAGCCACUGCUGGACUAGGUCUCGAAGCGGCCCUGCAGCUGGCACAACGGGACGUGUCGACUCUCGUUCUGGCUGUCCGAAAGCCCAGUUUAGGGGAGUCUACCAAAGCGGCGAUCCUCCAUGAUCCUAUUGUCCGCACACGCUCGACACCGCCUAAAAUACACAUCUACGAACUCGACCUCGCACGUCCAUCUUCAGUCGCGUCUUUCGCGAGGAAGAUCCGCGAAGACCUCCCUGAGCUACAUAUCCUUCUACUCAAUGCCGGGAUGGGCGGGUUGGCAUGGGUCACGACACCAGAAACCAACUUUGAGCAGAUGUUCCAAGUCAACUUUCUCUCCAAUGUGCUGCUCGCAAUCCAGCUUCUGCCGCUUCUUCGCGCCACAGCCCAAAAAACUGCAUCGCCCUCCCAUCUAACAUUCGUCGGGUCGCGAAUGACCAGACGGACCAGUUUCAUCAGCAACACGGUUCCCGAUUCGACUGGGGUAUACGAAUUCAUGAAUGACCCAAAGAAAUUCAGCAUAUCGCGGUAUGCCGACAGCAAGACCCUUGUGGCGAUGUGGGUAACAGAGGCCGCGAAGCGCAUUCCACCGUCAGAGGUCAUUAUCAACCACGUUUGCCCGGGCAUGGUCAAAACCAACAUCAACGAUGCUCAACCACUGUAUGUUCGCAUCAUUGUGAACAUUGUGCUUGCCAUUCGCGCACGUACAGCCGAUGUUGGCGCAAGAACAUUCCUUGCGGCCAUCAAUGCAGACGAGCAUUCUCAUGGCGAAUUUCUUGCGGAUUUUGAUGUCGAGAAGGUCCAGUUUUUGCAGACACCAGCAGGGAAAAAGAUGCAGGAGAAGCUAUGGAAGGAGACAACGAUUGAAGCCGUAAAACAUGCUGCUGAAUCGCUGCAGGAGUCAGGGCUGGAUUAG